GGCAACCAAGAUGGCGGACUGAGCUGCUGUGGUUUUUUAUUCGGAGCUCAAGACCAAAAGUAUCAAAAUGUACAAUGAAACGGCCACAAAACUCCACGGCAAAUACGACAGUGGAUGUCUUAAAGAUUCACUUUCUCUCAAGCCCGAGCAACUGAAGUGGAGGUUGAAGACGUGAUAGAAGAUGGACGACUACUGCUGUGCUAAGAUGGCGACGUCAUGGAAAGGAGAAGAUAAACGAGAAUCAACAGGGGAGAAAAAGGUGAAAAGUGCUGAUAAAGCAGGCGUCCAGCAGCUGAUUCGUCAUGACAAAUGUCCUACUCAGUCGCAGGAUGGGAGCUCCACUCCACAGCCCCUCCACCUUAAAGAGGAAGAGGAGGAACUCUGGAUCACUCAGGAGGGAGAGUGUCUUCUAGGGCCGGAGGAAGCUGAUCGCACUGUUUUCUCUGUGAAGCCUGAAGAUGAUGAAGAGAAACCACAACCAGACGACCUCUUAGCUCCACUCUCAGAUAGUGAGGCUGAAAAUGGGGUUGAAGUAACUUUGAGCAGCGAUACAGACUGUGGAGGUGAUAUGAGGACUUACACUGACAACAAAGACUCUGAAUGUCCUGAAAAGAAGAACGGUAAAAAAACGUUUAGCUGCUCGAUUUGUGCAAAAAGCUUCACUAAAAAGGGCAAUCGUACUCAACACAUGAAAACACACCUGGAAAAAAACCCAUUCAGUUGUUCAGUUUGUGUUAAAACAUUCUUUAAAAAGUCCGAUCUGGUAAACCACUUGAGAAAGCACACGGGAGAAAAACCUUUCAGUUGCUCAGUUUGCGGCGAAAACUUUUCGUACCGGCGAAGUAUGACUCGUCACAUGCUGAUACACGCCGGAGAAAAACCCUUCAGUUGUUUAUUUUGUGGAAAAAGAUUCUCUCUAAAAUACCCGAUGAAACGUCACAUGUCAACGCACACGGGCGAAGAGCUUUUUCGUUGCUCGGUUUGUGGCGAGAACUUUUUUGACAGACCAAGUUUGACUCAGCACAUGUUGAAACACACCGGGGACAACUUCACUUGCUCAGUUUGCGGCGAGGGAUUUACGCAGAAGGAACCCUUGGACGCACACAUGGCGACGCAUACGGAAGAGAAACCUUUUCGUUGCUCGGUUUGCAGCGCAAGUUUCCCCCACAGACAAAGUUUGACUCGUCACAUGCUGAGACACACUGGAGAAAACCCCUUCAGUUGCUCAAUUUGUGGUAUCACCUUCACUCAAAAGGAAACUAUGGUAACGCACAUGGCAACACAUACAGAAGAAAGAGCUUUCCGUUGCUCAGUUUGUGAUGACAGCUUUGCUUACAGACAAAGUUUGACACGACACAUGCUGAAGCACACUGGAGAAAACCCCUUCAGUUGCUCGGUAUGUGGUAUCACAUUCACUCAGAAGGAAACUCUGGAAACACACGUGGCAACGCACACAGAAGAAAAACCUUUUCGUUGCUCAGUUUGCAGCGCGAGCUUUCUUUACAGGCAAAGUUUGACUCGACACAUGCUGAAACACACCGGAGAAAACCCCUUCAGUUGUUUAGUUUGUGCUAUCACCUUUACUCAAAAAGAAACCAUGGUAACGCACAUGGCAACGCACACGGAAGAAAAAGCUUUUCAUUGCUCAGUUUGUGGCGAAAGCUUUGCUUACAGACAAAGUUUGACGCGACACAUGCUUAAACACACCGGAGAAAGACCCUUCAGUUGCUCGGUAUGCGGUAAGAGUUUCUCCGUGAAAUACACUAUGAUAAAACACGAGAGAACGCACACAAAAGAAAAGCACUUUAGUUGCUCAGUCUGUAGUAACAUAUUUACUGAGAAGGAAGCCAUGGUAACACAUAUGCAAACGCACACAGAAGAGAAUCUUUUUUCUUGCUCAGUUUGUGGCGAACGAUUCGCUCGGAAGGAAGACAUGGCAACACACAAGCGAAUGCACACAGCAGAAAAACCCUUUCGUUGCUCAGUUUGCGGCAAAAGAUUUGCUCUGGAGGCAAAUAUGGUGACGCACGCGGGAACGCACAAAGAAGAAAAACUCUUUGGUUGCUCAGUGUGCGGCGAAAGCUUCUAUCACCGACGGAAUUUCACCCGACACAUGCUCAAGCACACGGGAGAAAAACCUUUCGGUUGUUUAGUUUGCGGUAAGAGAUUCUCUAUCAAAAACUCCAUGGAAAGACACGUCAGAAAGCACAACGGGAAGAAACCGUUGAGUUGCUCAGUUUGUGGUAAAAGAUACUUUGACAAAAGAGCUAUUUUUGCACACAUGAAAACACACAAUAUUGAUAUCUUAGACGCCCAAUUGGGGGUCAAAGUUAUACUUGGAAGAAAAGAAUGACAGCGCACAAGCGGACACACAACUUAGAAUAAAAGUAUGUGUUGAAAGAUUGUCAAAUUAUAGAAGUGUAUUAUCAAAUCUACCGCGUGUAUUAUACCAGAUUCCCUCAUUAUUUAGAGCAACUGCACACCGAAUUGAAGAAAUAAAUCAUCAGCCAAAUAGCGGCCCACACCACUUUGAUUGGUUGAGAACAACAGGGAUGGUGUUUUCCUCACUUGCAUUCUUUUGGCCUUCAUCAAUGAUCAUAAAAGUGUGUUUGUGUUGUGACAAUGUUGUACAAUAUUGUUGUACAUGCACACAAAGCAGUGGUUCCCAUAAACUGCCAAGAUACCUGUGGCGGUGGGGGCGUGGCUAUGGGCGUGGUCACCAUGACAUCGUCAAGUAAUUUGCAUAAUGUACUACAAUGAUAUAAUUUUCUCUAAAAAGGCUCAAAAAAUGUAUACUUACUAAUUAAUAAUAACAGUUUUGUUUUAAACGUCCAUCCAUCCAUCCAUUUUACAAUAUAAAUACAACACUUUAUGUACAUAUUUAUAUACAGAUUUGAACAAUAAGUUAUUCACUGAAAUAUAUUUAUUAAUUGUGGUUCUUACAAAAAAUAUAUCUUAUAAAAUAUAAAAGCUAAAAUGCUCUUAAAGCUCUGCCCCUUUAAUUAGUGCAUACUAAAUAAUUUAACUUUAGCCUACUACUACAAGCAUAUUAUUUACCAGCAACAUAAAGUGAAACAGAGGCAGAGGUGUCCUGCCACAGUCAGUAACAAAUAAACAGAAAACCGUAGUGGUCAAAUACAAAUAAGGCAACAAGAGAAGUAUCCUACACUUCUCUUUUGUAAAAUAAAUGUAAACAGCCUAUAUGGGCAUCUACAUCAACUACAUGAUUUGCCCGAGAAGCUGGACAGGACAAAAAAAAAAAAUUAUUUUUUUUUUUUUAAAUUUUUUUUAUUUAUUUGUGGCGGACGUAAUUUUUUCGUGGCGGUCCGCCACAAAUAAAUGAAUGUGUGGGAAACACUGCAAAGUGUAAGUUACAACAUAUCCUCUAUGUUCAACAACACUUACACUUGUUUUAAUGCCGUUAUAAGACAAACAAAAAAUGAAGUAGACAAUGACUGUGGUGUCCUCUUUUUGGACAGAAGAUUUUUUAUUUUGUUAAUGUGUUGUUGUAAAUAUCUUAAGGACUCAAUUAAGAAAUUGAAGAGACUUAAUUGGCAUAACAGCAGACUUGAGCUGGCACAAAAUUUAGUACGUCCCAGAUUUAUAGUACGAGUAUGUGAUGUACAAUUGACAUAAUAACAUGUGCCAUAAUAUAUAACGUAAUAAAAUUGUGCUACAACCUCA